AUGCGGCUCCUGUUCUUUGUGUCGUCGAUCUUCUCCCUCAGGUGUUGUCACUCUUUUCAUCAAGUCGUCCACAUUGUCCUCGUUGAGAAACACGGGACUGACGUUUGCUCCGCUACAGACACCCACAGACACCCACCCACAGACACUCUGCAGACACCCACUCUGCAGACACCCACAGACACCCUGCAGACACCCACCUACAGACACCCACCCUGCAGACACCCACCCACAGACACCCUGCAGACACCCACUCUGCAGACACCCACCCACAGACACCCUGCAGACACCCACCUACAGACACCCACCCACAGACACCCACCCCCCCUGCAGACACCCACUCUGCAGACACCCACAGACACCCACCCUGCAGACACCCACCCACAGACACCCACCCUGCAGACACCCACCCACAGACACCCACCUGCAGACACCCACCCACAGACACCCACCUGCAGACACCCACUCUGCAGACACCCACCCACAGACACCCACCCCCCCUGCAGACACCCACAGACACCCACCCACAGACACCCACCUACAGACACCCACCUGCAGACACCCACUCUGCAGACACCCACAGACACCCACUCUGCAGACACCCACUCUGCAGACACCCACCUACAGACACCCACCUGCAGACACCCACUCUGCAGACACCCACAGACACCCACUCUGCAGACACCCACAGACACCCACUCUGCAGACACCCACAGACACCCACCCACAGACACCCACCCACAGACACCCACUCUGCAGACACCCACAGACACCCACCCUGCAGACACCCACCCACAGACACCCACCUGCAGACACCCACUCUGCAGACACCCACCCACAGACACCCACCCCCCCUGCAGACACCCACAGACACCCACCCACAGACACCCACCUACAGACACCCACCUGCAGACACCCACUCUGCAGACACCCACAGACACCCACCCACAGACACCCACCUACAGACACCCACCUGCAGACACCCACUCUGCAGACACCCACUCUGCAGACACCCACCUACAGACACCCACCUGCAGACACCCUGCAGACACCCACAGACACCCACUCUGCAGACACCCACAGACACCCACUCUGCAGACACCCACUCUGCAGACACCCACCUACAGACACCCACCUGCAGACACCCACUCUGCAGACACCCACAGACACCCACUCUGCAGACACCCACAGACACCCACUCUGCAGACACCCACAGACACCCACUCUGCAGACACCCACAGACACCCACUCUGCAGACACCCACUCUGCAGACACCCACCUACAGACACCCACCUGCAGACACCCACUCUGCAGACACCCACAGACACCCACUCUGCAGACACCCACAGACACCCACUCUGCAGACACCCACAGACACCCACCCACAGACACCCACCCACAGACACCCACUCUGCAGACACCCACAGACACCCACUCUGCAGACACCCACCCACAGACACCCACUCUGCAGACACCCACCCACAGACACCCACUCUGCAGACACCCACAGACCCACAGACACUCACCCGCUCUGUGCAGCUCUCCUCUGGGGCACAGCGAGUCCAGGAGCCGCCGCUUCCUCCGGUUCCUCUGGAGGUCUCUGUCCGCGGAGAAGUACACGUCCUGCCCCCGCGUCAGCAGCGCCUCGUCCAGGGACAUGUCCGCUGCUUACCGCGAGCUAACGGAGCUAACGGAGGAGCUAACGGAGGAGCUAGCCAUUAG